AUGAAGAGUGAUCCUCCUUCGUCGCGGUGCCGGCCUCCUCCUGAUCCACCGCCUUGUAAGCUUUUUCCGGCAGCGAUUGAAACUCUCACUCCUAUCAUUCCACCUGAACCACCAGAUCCUCCAGACUCGUUCUUCGUCCGUGUUCUUUUUCCUCAGUCUUUGGCCUCGUUCUUCAGCAAUUCGCACAACGAGGAUAUUGUGUUGAAGAUGGUUAUCUCAGAUGCAGAAACUAUGCCUUCAGUAGCUGCCUUUUCAGCAAUCUUUGAUACUGACCUUUUGACCAUGAUUGCCUUUGAGACUUUCAUGUCUCUCUUUUGCGAAAUUGUCUUCAACUGCCAAGAAGUAAAGAAACUUUCUCGAGUGUUGGUGAGUUCUACACUCAUGGAUAAAUCUUUGAAGCUCCGCUCAACUCUCCUCAAGGCUGAGGAAAUAAAUCUUCUCAGUUUUCAUAUGUUCUCAGACUUUCAAGUCUUCAUAGCUACCCUAUGCUUAGAGCUUGUUUUAAAUGAGACUGCACGCGUUCUCCAUGACAUUAAAAGCUUUGCUACUCUCUUCAAUUCUCUAUCUUUUAAUUCCUUUCCUUGUUUUGAUAAUGUUAAGGCCAUCUUUGGCAAAGUCUAA